UCUCCUACUUCUUCAACUUCUACUUCUCCUACUUAUUCAACUUCAACUCCUCCUACUUCUUUAACAUCUACUUCUUCAACUUCUUCAACUUCUCUAACAUCAACUUCUCCAACUCGAACUUUUUCGACUUUUUCAACUUCAACUACUAUAACUUCGACAUCUCUUAUUUCUUUAAUUUUAACUUAUCCAACCUUUUCAACUCCUUCACUUCCUACUUCUUUAACAUCUACUUCUUCAACUUCAACUUCUUCAACUUCUCUAACAUCA